GUAUCAUUUCAUACGGUAUUUAUAGGAACAUGUAGACAGAGUGAUCUUUAAUACUGUUAUAAAUUCCUUUUUAAUGGCUUUAGCUCGGGGACUUGUAUCAAACGUCGCGUUUGAACAAGCGAUCGGAAAUUUUGCAUUUUCGUUGUAUGAUAACGUACCAAAAGACGGAAAUGAGGUACUAUCACCUUACAGUAUUACCACAGCACUGCUCAUGCUCAUGCUGGGGACCGAUGGGAAGACGAAAAAUCAAAUGAUGUCAUCUAUGAACUUGAAUACUUUGCCUACGAACGUGCAUUUCAAUUACAAACGACUCGAACUGAAGCUGACUACGAAUGCAAAAAAAGGCGCAUCGCUUUUAGUAGCGAACAGAUUAUAUGGAAGUAAUGCAUUUUCUACUUACACAGAUAAGGUUAAACGUUAUUAUGGCAGUGCGGUGCAACUAAUGGACUUUUCAAGUCAACGCGAAAAAUCUCGGAAAAGUAUAAAUGAUUGGAUUGCAGGAAAAACCAAUAACAAAAUAAAAAGUGUGAUCGAAAGAAAAAUGAUAGACGCCAGAACAGCUUUAGUUUUAGUUAAUGCUAUUUAUUUUAAAGGAUCAUGGGACGCUAAGUUCGACCAGAAAAGAACUAGAAGGGAACCGUUUAGUGUCAACCAGCGGAACCGGAAACAAGUUAACAUGAUGAAUGCCAUUUAUAACGUGAAAUCUGGAUACAAUACUGCAUUGAACUGUAAAAUUCUUCAGCUAAAUUAUAGCGGUAAGAGGUUGUCUAUGGUAUUUCUUCUUCCAAAUAAUGUGAAUGGACUGAAUCAACUGGAAUCGAAACUGUCUAUGAAUACUUUCAAAAACAUUAUGGAUGGACUAAGAACACAAGAGACUGUUAUCAAAAUUCCAAAGUUUAAAAUAGAAACUGGAUACGAUUUGAUUCCAAUACUUAAAGCACGUGGUAUGACCGACAUAUUCAAUCAGCGGUUAGCAAAUUUCAAAAACAUGGCAAACGUUAAGCGAUCACUUUAUGUCAGCACUGCUGUGCACAAAGCAUUUAUAGAGGUAAAUGAAGAUGGAACCGAGGCUUCCGGAAGCACAGCUGUUCGGGUACCAACACGAGGUGGAAAGAAAUCACGCUCUUUCCAAUUUAUAGCGAAUCAUCCAUUUGUUUUUGCGAUCCGUGAUAAUUUAACUGGAACAAUUAUAUUUUUAGGACGUGUUGUUAACCCCUUGAUAUAAAAGUCGUAUGAUAUAUAUAUUCGAUGCGUUUCGUUGUUUUAGACGAGUUAAUUAAUUUGCAGAUUUGUUUUGUUUGUACAUUUCGUUUUCUUUUUUGUAUUUUUUAACUAUACUCUUUUUAUAAAAUGUUUUUUAUAUUUAAAAUAUGAUAGAAUUUACAAGUAUUGUUUUUGUUCUUACUUUUUCAAAAGAUCAAUCGAGAUAAGCAAUUUGAAUUCGUCACAACUCGGCAGAUUCCGUACAGUAGCUGAGUCACUCCAUGAUUACCGAUUGAAGCAGUUUGAAGUAAAACGAUUAAUCUUCCUUUUAUAAACUUCAUGUUUUCAACUUUAUUAUAAAUGACCAUAUGAAAAACAGAUGAAAAUGACAAACCAAGCGUGUUAAAUUAAUAGGAAAUGUCGUCAUAAUAACAAUAACAAUUCAUUGACGAGGUGUGUGACAAGCAAACAUUUUCGUACGUUAUUAAAACACAAACAAUUUUAUUGACUUGUUGCAAGACAUCAUGCAGUGUUAACAACCCUAGAUGAAGCCGACGAGGCAAGACAUCAUGCAGUGUUAACAACCCUAGAUGAAGCCGACGAGGCAAGACAUCAUGCA